AUGUCAGGUCUGAGUAUCAAUUUUGAUAAGUCCAACUUGAUUCCAAUUAAUUGUGAGCAGCAGUGGGUCGAGCGUAUGUGUUACUUGUUGGGUUGCAAGCGGGAUGCCCUACCAGUCAAAUACCUUGGAAUUUCUUUAGGAGCUAAGCCGAGGUUGGUGAAGACAUGGAAGCCUAUAAUAGACAAGGUGGAGGAGAAACUCAGCUUGUGGAAAGCUAAGGUGCUAAAUAAAGCUGGGAAGUUAGUGCUUAUCAAAUCAGUGUUGAACAGUUUGCCAGUGUACUAUUUGAGCUUGUUUAAGAUGCCGAAAGCUGUUGCUGAGAAAUUGAUUUCAUUACAGAGGAGAUUCCUGUGGAGUACGGAAGAGGGUAGGAAUGGGAUGGCAUUAGUCAAGUGGGAAGUGGUGCAGGCACCGAAGAAACUAGGAGGGCUGGGAGUUGGGGAUGCUAUGGUUCGCAACGCAGCAUUGCUGUUUAAGUGGUGGUGGCGAUUUGCAAAGGAAGAGUGCCCGUUGUGGAAAAAGGUGAUAUGUUCUUGCAAUAAUCUGAAUCCCAAUGAGCUACUGCCAACUCAAGAGUUGCCUACUCGAGGAGGUGUAUGGAAGGAUAUCUGCCAGUUACAAAUCAUGAAUCAAGAUUUAAAGGAUAAGAUGGUUGCAGGCAUGUCCAUGGAGGUGAUGCAGGAGGAACUAAUUCCAGCAGAGGUAACUAGUUACAGCUUCACCAGGACUGUUUGGAAAGGGCUGGUGCCACCCAGAGUGGAGUUGUUUGUCUGGUGUGGAGUGCUUGGGUCUCAGCUUUUGGAAGACAAUGGUCUCUCCCGGGAUCGAUGA